AUGCUAAGUACAAUGGAGGUAAUAUACAUCUUCUUGAUUGCCGGAGAAAUGACUAUAGGAAUUUGGGGAAAUGGAUUUAUUGCACUGGUUAACUGCACUAGGUGGCUCAGAAGGAGAGACAUCUCCGUGAUUGACAUCAUCCUGGUGAUCUUGGCCAUCUCCAGAAUCUGUUUGCUGUGUGUGAUAUCUUUAGAUGGCUUUAUUUUGCUGCUCUCUCCGAUAUAUGCCAAGAACGAGCUAAUGAAUAUUGUGGAUGUUGUCUGGACACUUAGCAAUCAUUCAAGUAUCUGUUUUACUUCUUGCCUCAGUAUUUUCUAUUUACUGAAGAUAGCCAAUAUAUCCCAUCCGUUUUUCCUCUGGCUGAAGCUAAAGAUUAACAGAGUCAUUCUGGGGAUGUUUCUGAUGUCUUUUCUUACCUGUAUAAUUAUUAGUGUUUAAUUGAAUGAGGACUUCUGGGAUCCCUUCAAAGUCAAUCAUAAGAAAAACAUAACUUGGGAAUUCAAAGUGAGUAAAAUCCCAAAUGCUUUCAAACUGGUUAUCCUGAAUCUGGGAGCUAUAGUUCCCUUUGUUCUUUGCCUAAUCUCAGUUCUCUUGUUACUUUUCUUCCUAUUUAGACACACUAGGCAGAUGAAACUUUAUGCCAUAGGGUCCAGAGACCCCAGCACAGAGGCCCACAUGAGGGCCAUAAAGACAGUGAUGAUCUUUCUGCUCCUCUUCAUUAUUUACUAUGCAGUCUCUCUUGUAGUAACCUCUAGCUUCCUGAUUCCUCACGGAAAAUUAGUGGUUAUGUUUGGUGGCGUGGUAGUUGGCAUUUUCCCAUCGAGCCAUUCGUUCAUACUGAUAAUGGGCAACAGCAGGCUGAGGGGGGCUUUCCUAAAAGUGCUUAGAAUUGUGAAGGGUUUCCACAAAAGAAGGAAACCGUUUGUUCCAUAG